AUGGCAGCCAAUGACUCUUCAGUGCGUGUGAUCAAUGACAGGGUCAUUAUAGUUCAGGUUUUCAUAUCACUUUUCCUUUGCAUCAACUUUUUGCUGAUCACAGUCUUUUUCAUGAAGGAUUUCUUCUACACAACCAUGCGCUACAUCUUCUUUGCACUGACUCUGAUGUCUGAUUGUGUGAGUUUAAUCCUGAGUGACUUUCUGCUCAUUUUAGCUUACUUUCAUUUCAGCAUACAUAUGUCAUUGUGCCUUAUUGUGUAUGCAGCUGUGUCUUUGUGCAAUUUAGUCACUCCGGUGACUCUGACAGUGAUGACGCUGGAGCGCUUUGUGGCCAUUUGCAUGCCACUGCGCCAUGGAGAGCUGUGCUCCACAAGCAGCGCUCUGCACUGCAUCCUCAUCAUUCAUGGCGUCAGUGCUCUGCCCUGCGUGGUUUUCCUCUCCAUCUUCUUUGUUUCUGCAAGCCACAGCUACUACACCCAGAGCAGUGAGUGCUCUGUGGAGAAGUUCAUCCUCCACACCUGGCAGGGUCAUCUUAGCUCUGCAAUAAGUCAGUUUUACUUCCUGAUCAUGUGUAUUGUUAUCAUGUUCUCAUACUUUAAAAUAAUGAAGGUGGCCAGAGCUGCAUCAGGACAGAACAGGAAGUCAACAUGGAAAGGCCUCAGAACUGUGGUUCUUCAUGGCUUUCAGCUGCUCCUCUGUCUUUUCCAGCUGUGGUGUCCAUUAAUUGAAGCUGCUGUGCUUCAGAUUAACCUGAUGCUCUACAUUAACGUCAGGUACUUUAACUACAUCAUGUUCAUUCUUUUUCCGAGGUGUUUGAGUCCUCUCAUUUAUGGCCUCAGGGAUGAAAAAUUUUCUGUUGCUCUGAGAAGCUUUGUUCUUUGUGGUUUGUAUAAGAAACAAUCAUCAAAGCUGUGAAUCAAAAUGUGCUGUACAAAUAAAUUUGAAUUGUCUUGCUUUCAUAGUAACAUGUAAUUAUAAGUCAUAUGGUAAGAACAACAUAAAUUGUCAAAUAUGUCCGGGGACACUGACAUGCUGAAAAUGUAAUCCUUGCAGAUUUAUGAACAAUAUUUAUUCCUAUUUCAACCUCAGCUGCA